AUGAACUACAAUGUCACAGUCAUGAGGAAUGAUGGUCAAUGUGGAAGUCUGCCGUCCACACCCAUUCAGAUACAGUCAGCUCCCUGUGACCCUCAGAACAUCACAACUGUGCUUCAGUGUGACACCAACACAGCCAAUGUGACAUGGGCUGCCAGUGUGGGAGCUAAUGGGUACACGGCAAUGACAACAGACGGGCAGCAGCAACGCUUAGCUUCUUGUCACUCUAUGGGGACUUCCUGUCAGCUGAUCUCUCUGCCGUGUGGGAUGAGACUAAAUGUAACCGUCCAAGCUGAUGGCACCACCUGCAACAGCAGCUCUCAACCUAAAGCUGUAGUGGAAACAGCUCCCUGCAUUCCCACCAAUGUCGCUGCUGCUCUAAACUGUACAACCAACAUUGCUUCCAUCACCUGGAACAGUGCACUUGGUGCCACUUGGUACUUGGUAAAGGCAGAAGGCAACCAAGGGUACAAGACGUCCUGCAACAACACUAUCACACGCUGUGAUAUCCCAAACCUGCAGUGUGGCCAGGAAUAUUCCAUCACAGUCAUGGGCAUGAAUGGUGACUGCAUGGGCCCGGCUAGCCAGCCUGUCACUCUUGUCUCAGCACCAUGUCCCAACACUGGCAUUCAAGCCAGUCUGGACUGCAGCACCAACUCAGCACUCAUUUCUUGGACACCAGGCAGUGGUUCACUAAGUUUCGAUGCAACACUGCAGUCUUCCCAAGACCCCCAACAGCACAAGUACUACACCAAUGGCUCCUCCUGCAGCAUCAGUUCACUGCCGUGUGGUCAGCACUAUAACAUCAGUGUUACAGGACACGGCCAGACCUGUUCAACCUCUUCUAAAACCUUGGUCACUCUUGACACAGCUCCAUGUGUUUCCACUCAAGUCAAUGUGUCAUUAUCCUGUGGGUCGGACACUGCAUCUGUUUCCUGGGCAGCAUCUAGUGGCCUUGUUUCAUACUAUACAGUAACAGCAGUAGAUGAUAACGGACAUACGUUAACCUGUAACUCCAGCAGCACUUCCUGUGACAUCAGCGGCUUGGCGUGUGGUCAGGCGUACAACGUGUCAGUCACAGCUAUGAGCGUGGACUGCACUGGACAACGUAGUGAAGUGCAUCGCAUCAAUACUGCACCCUGUGCUGCACAGUCUGUGGUCAGUCAGCUCUUAGACUGUCAAACAGGUGAUGUUCAAAUUAGCUGGCAGUCGAGUAAAGGAGCGCAGAUCUACUAUGCUCAAGCAAAAUCCACCGACAGGACUCUGGUGUGUAACUCCACCUCCACGUCCUGCAUAAUCCCUGCACUUGGAUGUGGGCAGACGUACAAUAUCACUGUGGUUGCAGAGGCCAAUGGCUGUAGCUCCAACGCCAGUGUGAUCAGUCAGGUCAUGGCAGCCCCCUGUCCACCUACUUCUGUCGCUGCUGUUUUGGACUGCUCUACUAACACAGUCUUAGUGUCCUGGAGCUCCUUGGCCAUUUCCGGGGUUCAUUACACAGCAAGUGCCACUGGCCCAUUGGGGCCCUCUAGUGGUGUGGAGUGUAACACAACAAACUUGAACUGCACUCUUGCCCAUCUGCAAUGUGGCAGCCAAUAUAACGUCACUGUCACUGCUACCCAAAACAACUGUACUAGCAAAUCCAGCACAGAGUACUCCUUCAUUACAGCUCCAUGUGUGCCGGUUCUGAACAACGUGGCUCUGAACUGUAGCUCAAGGUCUGCUGUGGUGAACUGGUCUAGUUCAGGGUCGAGUCUAGGUGCAUUUUCGGUCAGCGCAGUGAGCACUCAGGGUGAACAGCUGGGCUGUGGUGUCUUCAACAAUGGUGCAUGUGUGGUGGAUGGACUGCAAUGUGGACAGACGUACACGUUCAUUGUGAAUGCAACGCAAGGACAAUGCACCAGUGCUGCUAGUAACACACUGCAGAGGGAGACAGCCCCAUGCCCUCCACUGAAUAUCCAGUCCAUAAUGAACUGUGGCAGCAACACAGCGAGUGUGUCUUGGUCUGGUGGCAAUGGAGCUCUGUCCUUUACGAUGACAAUGGAAUGCUCUAAUGGACAGACGUACAUCUGCAGUACCAAUGAAAGAGGAUGUGACAUCACUAACAUGGCAUGUGGACAAACAUGCACAGUUAAGGUAGUGGCAGAGGGACGUUCCUGCAACAGCUCUGCAGGCAUUGGAUCACCUGUCAUAACAGGUCCUUGUGUAUCACAAAACGUGUCAGCCAGUGUGAGCUGCAGCAGCAACAUAGCAACAGUAACCUGGGGGAGCAGCCAAGGGGCGGAGCUUUACACAGUGACAGCCAGCAGUGCUAAUGGCCUUUCAGCUAACUGCACCUCACCAUCCACUUCCUGUGACCUGUCAACUUUGACCUGUGGAGAGUCUUACACGAUCACAGUGAAGGCAAAAGGCAGCAACUGCAGCAGUGGGAACAGUGCGCCUGUUCAAGUUCAAGCAGUGCCCUGCACCCCAAGUAAUGUCCUGCCCACCGUGGAUUGUGUCACAAAUGCUUUAGUUGUAUCAUGGACACCUAGUGCAGGAGGACAGUACUACACGGCCACCUUGCAGGACAGCAAUGGACUGUCCACUAACUGCCAGUCUACGGGCUCACAGUGUAACGUGACAGGGCUCAGGUGUGGUCAGCUGUACCACGUCAAUGUGACAGCGUCAGACAGUCUGUGCAGCAGCCCUCCCAGUGCUACUGUGAACACUAACUCAGGUCCCUGCGCAGUCAGCUCCAUCAGGGCAGUGUUGGAUUGUCAGCUGGGUACAGCCACUGUGUCAUGGCAGUACGGUGCAGGUGCUCAGGGAUACGCGGUCUCUGCCUUGGCACCGGUGGACAACAGGGCUAGCUGCACAUCCAACAGCUCCAUCACGCACUGUGAGCUGAGCGACCUGCAGUGUGGCAAUGAGUAUACGGUGAACGUACAGAGUUUGGGAUACACGUGCAAUGCCAGUGCACAGAUGACUGGCUCCCUGAUCACAGGUCCGUGUGUUCCUCAGCAUCUGACUGUGCAGUACACUCCUUCCACUGCUCUGCUGUCCUGGGAUGUCACUAAAGGUGGCACCAACUUCACAGCAGAGGCUGUGACCCUCGAGGGCCUGACAGUGACCUGUGAGACCUCUAACACCAGCUGCACCUUCCCAGACCUGGAUUGUGGUCAGAUCUAUAACCUCAGCGUGACGGCUCACAACAGUGUCUGCAAUGACACUGUGACCUCUGAUCCUAUUAAGACAGAACCCUGUCCUCCUCAGAAUGUUAAAGUUAGCCUAAACUGCGCCACCCUCAGUGCUGCUGUCUCCUGGGAGCCUAGCCAGUUGGCAGUGGGAUACGUUGCAUUCCUGGAAGGCGGAAAUGGUCAUUCCACUUCCUGUCGGACAAAUCAUACAUACUGCAGUGUAGCUGAUCUCACCUGUGGAACAGUGUACUAUGUCAGAGUCCGUGCCAUCGGUGAGGUGUUCAACAGCUCUGACAGCAUAGGGGUCAACAUGACAUCAGCACCAUGUCUGUCCACUAGUGUGUCUGCCAUGGUGGACUGCCCUACAGAUUCAGUUCUAGUGUCUUGGAGCGCCAUUGCUGGGGCGGAGAAUUACUCUGUGACUGCUUUGGGGUCAGAAGGUCAAACAGUCUCCUGUUCAACCAGUCAGAACCACUGUAACAUCUCCUCCCUGCAGUGUGGACAGCAGUUUAACCUGACCUUCAGCUCUACGAACCAGCAGUGCGAAACGACCACCACCACCAAUGUCACAUUCCUGUCCAGACCCUGCGUACCACUGCAGCCAGUCGUCAAUAACCUGUGCGGUAACAAAAUGUCUGUGAUGUCUUGGGAUGUGAGAGAAGAAGCUGAUUACUACGUGGCCCGAGCCGUCAGUGCAGCAGGAAAAUAUGAGCUCUGUAACUCCACCAACUCUGUUUGUACCUUCUCUACUCUGGGCUGUGGAGAGACCUUCACAUUCACUGUCACCGCCCAUAUAGGCCAGUGCCAAAGCGACACCAGUGCACCUGUAUACCUCACUACAGAUCCUUGCAAACCAGAGAACGUGACUGCCCAUGUGUUGUGUGACAGCGAGACGGUGGCGCUCGACUGGUCAAAAGCCAAAGGGGCAUCAUUCUACAUUGUGAUGGCAACAGGGAGUCUGGGAUAUAUUGACAUCUUUAACACUACUUCUACUAACCUGUCUGUGUCACUGCUCUGUGGACAAAGCUACAACGUGUCUGUCCAAGCGCAUAGCGAUUACUGCGACAGCCUACUGAGCACUCCUGCGGUUUUCAGACUCGCGCCCUGCACACCCCUUAAUCUCGUGACAUACGUCGAGUGUGACAACCAGUUGGGUUCUGUCAGCUGGGGCCCAAGCGAUGGGGCGAACAUGUACACUGCCACAGCAGUGGGUGAGGAUGGACACACACACCUGUGUGUUACUGAUGGGACCAGGUGCACCUGGGCGGACCUGCACUGUGGUGAAAUCUAUAACAUUACGGUCACUGCCAAUGACAGCCGCUGCAUGAGCGCACGCAGCAACAGCACCACCAUACACAUGGCCCCAUGUGUUCCUCAAGCUUUGACGCCCAUCCUGGACUGUGGCACAGGGGUGGGCUCGCUGAGCUGGGCUUCCAGUGCUGGAGCUGAGACGUAUGAGGUGCUAGCAGAGAGUGAAGGCAGGAACACGCUGGCUUUCAGUACCAACAUCACCAGUGGCUUCUUAUCAGAGCUGCUCUGCGGUCAACAGUACCAGGUCACAGUCAGAGCAAUCAACAGGCAAUGCAGAAGUGGACCGAGUUCACCUGCUUACCUGUCAUCAGUUCCAUGUGUUCCUCAGAACGUUGCAUCUGAGCUGGACUGUAUGUUUAACUUUAUAACCAUAAGGUGGAACAUCAGCCGCGGGGCGGCGUCUUACCUGGUAGUUGCCAAGGGACCCGAGGGUCCAGUGACUGCCUGUAAUACAACUGUGCAGGAGUGCAGACUGCAAACACUGCACUGCAGCUCCUCGUACGAUGUCAGCGUUAUUGCAGUAAACCAACAAUGCAACACAUCAGGAAGUUCCAUCUUACGAAUAAACACCGUGCCUUGUGUACCUACUCAUGUGCAGGGCAGUGUAAAUUGUACAACUGGAGCGGUAUCCAUGUCCUGGGACCCAAGCGUAGGGGCCAUUUCCUACGCUGCAGUUGCUCAGACUAGUGGUGGCUACGCUUCAGUGUGUAACAGCACUGGAACAGCGUGUGUCUUCUCGGAUCUGCUCUGUGGGAUGAACUAUAGUCUAGCUGUCAGUGCCACUGACGGAACCUGCAACACUGCUCCGAGUCCACCAGUUGUGCUGAGUACAGUGCCCUGUAAGCCACAGAAUGCUAGCGCCCAGCUCAACUGUGACACCAACUCUGCUGUUGUAAGUUGGGAGCUCAGUAAUAACGUCACACGUCACACAGUCCAGGCUAUUGGUUCUGAUGGACAUCGCAUCGACUGCACCAGCUCCGGCCACAGUUGUACAUUAACUAGCAUGCACUGCAGCCAGAGCUAUAACAUUACCAUCGCUGCCUUGGAUGGAGUAUGUGACAAUAGCAACACACACCUCAUUCUGAAAUCAGCUCCAUGUGCACCUAGCAAUGUUCAGACGUCUUUGCAUUGCAACAUCAGUGGUGGUGUUGUGUCUGUGUCAUGGGUGCAAGCAAACGGGGCGGAGUCUUACAUGGCUGUGGCCAUGUCUAAUGAUGGUCAUUCCUACUCUUGUAACACCACCACUGCCUCCUGUGAUCUGCAGGAACUGCAGUGUGGCCAGAUUUAUAAUGUUUCUGUCUACUCAUUGAGCCAUGGCUGUGGAGGCGUGAAGAACACUAUGUCUCAGGUGCAGACAGCUCCAUGUCCCCCUCAGAACCUAUCUGCCAUUGUGCAGUGUGAUUCAGGGUCUGUGCUGGUGAGUUGGAACCCAGCAGUGGACGCCAGCCUGUUCAUAGUUGAACUGGAGUCUGAGAGCACCGGUGUGAUCUCCUCGUGUAACAGCACAAACACGCAGUGCUCCAUAACCCAUCUGCCCUGUGGAGAGAGAUUCAACCUCAGUGUGGUGGCACUGAGAGGCGGCUGUCAGAGUCAACCAAGCAGUGACCUUUCCAUCGCCUCAGCUCCAUGUAUUCCACAGGGGGUCAAUGGUACUGUGGACUGUGUCACUAACUCUGCAUGGGUAUCAUGGGAUGUAGCUGAUGGUGCAGAGUCUUACACAGUGCUGGCUGUAGGGGUGGACGGUCACAAUUACACCUGUAGCAGCUCAAACUCCACUUGUAAUGUACCUGACCUAGGCUGUGGAAGGAGCUACACCUUUCACGUCACUGCCUCAAACGAUGCUUGCGUGAGCCCACCCAGCAGCAGCUUUCAGCUGGAGACAGCACCUUGUGCCUUGUCGUCCAUCGUGGUGGUGGCUGAAUGCCACAGUUCUGUUAUCACGGUACAAUGGCAGAAAGCUCGGAGUGGGAAUUCUCUCUACUUUGCCACAGCAGAGGAUCAAGACCUUUCCAUCCUUUCCUGCGAUAGCUCCGCUUCUUCCUGCAACCUAACCAAUGUGCAGUGCGACAAAGAGUACACCAUCAUGGUGGCUGCUUCGGCCAACAAAUGCAGCAGCCUCCGCAGCCCACCCUACAAGAUCAGAACUGCACCCUGUCAGCCCUCAUCAGUACAGGCCGAUACAGACUGUCAGUCAAAGGAUGUGUUUGUGUCAUGGAACCCAUCAUACAUGGCGCAGUCCUACCUGCUUACUGCAGUUGGCAGAAAUGGAGACUUGAAGACGUGCAAUACCUCGGACAAUAACUGCACGCUAACUGAUCUGCAUUGCAGCAACACCUAUCAUGUGUCUGUUUUAGCUAGUAACGAGAACUGCACAAGCUUGCCCAGUGCUAACAUCACCUUCCAAACGGUGCCGUGUGAGCCAGUCAACUUGACUGCAACCAUACAGUGUGGGAACAGUAGUAGUGCCUCCUUGUCCUGGAUGGAAAGUACAGGGGCAGUGGCCUACAUGGGACUUGCGCAGUCAGAAACGGGCUCAACAGUCUACUGUGAAACCACACACACAUCCUGUACUCUGGAGGGCUUAGUGUGCGGCAUAGUGUACAACUUUACAGUGCAGGCAACAGGUGGCUUCUGCAACAGUUCCUUGGCUGAACCUCAAACUAAGGGAGCAGCUCCCUGUCCUCCAGCUGGAUUGAGGGUUGUCCCUCGUACAGUAGUAAAUGAUACUCAGAUCUUGAGGGCGUCUUGGUCUACUGUGAAUUGUCCUAAUUCGGAAUACCUCCUGGCACUCACGGGCAGCAUUCAGGGCAACAACCAAGCGCUCUUUGACCUCGCCUCCUAUUGGACAAGUCGUACGUUCUUUGAGGUUCCUCUCCCUUGUGGCUCCACCUACAGCGCAACCAUCAGUGCGAGGAACUCUGCUGCCACAAGCGACAAGUCUGCUGCUGUCACUGGAACCACAGUACCUUGUGCCCCUCUAAAUGUGACAUUCUCUGCAUCAUCAGCGGUUGUGGCAUGGAACGAGUCUCUAUUUGCUAUAAACUACACUGUGUAUAGGGUUACUUCCUCUGGUAGGACGAACCUCUGCAUGACCUCACAGCUCCUCUGCUCUGUCACCAAUUUCAGCAGCGGUCACAUUGUUGUAACUGCCCAAAACACUGCUGGGGAGAGUGAAGACUCUGUGCCUGUUGUAGUGACAGCAGGUCGCAGGAGGAGGUGAGACCUGGCACAAAGUGAAAAAGGCCUGACCAACCCUGAGUAAAUGCUUGCAUCUCAUCUCAUCGCACUCAAACUCUUGCCUCUGAGAAUUCCUGCACUUACCCAAGAAUUCUUGAAACUCUGUGAUAUUUAACUUUUGCAUGUUACAUAUAUUCUGGUUCAAGGUUCACUUUUUUUUAUUUUAACAAUAUUUAAGGGUGGAGUAGAUUGACCGGGUAAAAGAUUAACAUUAUUUCUUUUAAAAUGUUUUCCAAAAUCUGUUGUUUCUGGCUGUAGGAUUUACUUUCAUGCAAUGCCAAAUAUUUUUUUUAAAAAAGGUCUUAUAUAAAUAUGUAUUCCUGUUUUUGUAUGAGUAGAGUUAUAUUAAAUACAAAAAGCAUUUCUCCAUGUGAUCAGUCUUAUAAAUUAUGACAUGUAAAGCACAUGUAAAAUAAAUUAACCAUACACAAAACACCUGCUGUUCUUAUAAAAUGAAUGUUCUUACAAGGAACUGACAAGGGCACAAGAGUGACCUAUUCAAAGCAAAGCAUCAAUUUAAAAGACUGUAUUUAACAUCUUUGAGUAAAUGAACUACUCAUCCCAUGAACCAACUAUGGACUAGAUUGCCUACAAAUAAUAAGUUGAAAUCAUACAGCAGAAGCACAUGUCUCAAGUUAAUAACCAAAAAUCUCAUGGCAGGUUUGCCUUGUAAGGUUUUUCAGCGCAAACUAUCAACCUCUAUGAAGAAAAUGUGACAUUUUUACUGACAGAACCCAACAGUUUUUCUUAAUGACAAAAAAUAUACAACUGAGCAAUUGUGUUCCAUACAAGAAUUUUAUUAGAAAACGAGAUGCAACAGAGCAAUGAAACAGCACAAUGUCUGCACAGCUUUCAGCAGCCUGUGCCACAAACUCAACUCUGUGGUAGCUCUGUUGAAAUUUAAAACAUUCUCUGAGCUCUAUGUACAAAGCCAUUUGUGAAAAUCCAGAACACAAAUUGGGAAAGAAGAGGGAUUUAAAAAAAAAAAAAAAAAGUUUUAAAAUGCCAUUUUCAGUCUGGACAUCUGUAAUGGGCAACUGAGAGAAAUGACAUUUUUUGAUAU